AUGGACCCAUACGACUUGUUGGGCCCCGCACUGGCUCCUCCACAGGGCCUGGUUCCAACAUUGGGCCAUCCAUCGAACAACAAUAAUCUGGCUUUGGCGUCUUUCAUUGUCAUGAUGGUAGUCUCGACCAUCUGUGUCAUUCUCCGAGGCUACGGGAAAGUUGGGCUGAAGAAGAAGAUAGAUGUUGAAGAUGGUUUCAUACUGGCGGCAUACGGUAACUAUUGGGGUUGCACCUAUGCGUCAUUCUCGCUCAUUGACCACCCUGGCUAUUUCGUGCAUAAUUGGGACAUUUCCCUGGGCGAUACAAUUUUACCGUACUAUGCUGCUUUCGGUUUUGCAGCAAUCUUCCUUUUGAACUUCCAAUGCGUCCCUCAUGAGGCGAUCUGGGAUUUUACCAUUAAAGAGAAGACCUGUCUCCCUCUCAACCCACUUCAGCUGACAUCAGCUACAAUUCAUCUCAUCUCCGACAUUGCCAUCUUCAUACUCCCUCAAAAGAUAAUAUGGAGUCUGAACAUGUCUUUGCGGAAGAGGUUCGGCGUGGCCAUUGUCUUUAGUCUGGGUGCUCUGGCGGUACUAUGCUCCAUUUUUCGCAUGAUUGCUACUAUCAACUUCGGGAAGUCGCCUGACACGAUGUAUAAUAUCGGACCCGUCAUUCUAUGGGCCACUGGAGAAGUGAGCUGCGGUUUCUUUGUAGCUUGUAUGCCAACAUUGCCACGUCUACUCAAAGAAGCGCCGUUCAUUGUCUAUCUCAAGAAGACUAUGGGCUCUACGACCUCUGCAGCCGAUGAAAGUAGCACCGCACGGUUCGGCCACGGGUUCUCUAUUGCAUCACACAAGCUAUCGCGUGGCACUAAAUCGCACGAAGAUUAUCUACAAAUUGACGACGACCCUACUCCAUUGAAGGAUCUCAGCUCGAAUAACUCAGACCAGAUCCCAGAAAAUGUUUGCAACGGAGAUGACCGCAUCACCAAAACGACGUACAUAGCUGUAACAAGAGAGGACGGUCCCAGUGGCCAUACCUACAAGACUAGCCUACCGUGGGAAUCAGAGGUUGGGUGA